GUAAAGCUUGGGUCAUUUUCAUUUGAAAGUGAACUAAUCCUUUAAGCAUCCCUCGAUAGGCUUUCUGUCUCUUUAAAUUUGUUUUCAAGGAAUUGCAAUUCAGUAACAAUCUUGGUGAUUCAUGCCCAACAGCCAGAUGUCCUUCUGCUUUCUCUUAAACUAUUUGUCAUUUUUCUUAUGCUCUUCUCCUUCUUUACUGUAGCCUUCAUCAGUCUUCCCUCAGCUGAUGGUUUUAAAAUAACAUUGUUUUGAAACAGGUGAAUAGCGAUAUCAAUAUUUAAACAAGUUAUAUGAAGAUCUAGAUACACAGUUCACUGUUUUUUUGUUGUUGUUUUUUUUUUUUUUUUUUUUUACUUUCCUCUGUCCAAAUCUAUUUAAAGAAUGUUAAUUUGUCAGAGGAAACCAAUGAGUAAUUUUGGUGUGUUUCACAAUGAACCACAAGAAAUGACUAAACAUAGUGUAAGGGAAAAGGGAAAAUAGACACUUUUUACGUCACAUGUUCUUGACUACAGUGAUGCCUUUAAAAGUAGAGCUCAAAAGCAUAAAGCAACAACUUCCAACAGAUGCACGUUCAACUCCAACAGACUGAAGAUGUCUAUGUAUAAUUAUGUCAACUCGAACAUGGACAGAGAAAAUGAACAGCAUGUCUACAUCAAUGAAGAAUCUAACAGUCAUAAUAUCAGGACAGGAAGACAGAUCUCCACAACACACCAAACACCUGGAAGCUCAGGUGAUUCUGUGAGGAUCAGAAACUACAGAGCAGCUACAGUGUGUUCGGUGCUGCUGUGUGUUGUUCUGCUGACUGCGCUCAUAGUGCUGGGCACAAACUACACACAAGAGAUACACCAGCUUCAAUCUGACAACACCAACCUCAUAAAUGAGAGAGAUGCAUUACUGUUGAAAAAUAAUGACCUGAUUAAAGUUCAUUUUAAAAAAUACAAUGGAUGGAUUUACGGUCACUCCAGUUUUUACUACAUUUCCAAAGAGAAGAAAAGCUGGAAUGAGAGCAGAAGUUACUGUAUGGAGAGAGGAGCAGAUCUGAUCAUCAUAAACAACAAAGAAGAACAUGAUUUUGUCCAGAAGAACAUUGUGAAUGAUUGUUCUUCAUUCUGGAUUGGUCUGACUGACAUUGAUGAAGAGGGCUCGUGGAAAUGGGUUGACGGCAGCACACCGACCUUUUGGUUUUGGUGGACUAAUGAGCCCAAUGGACAACGAGGAGAAAACUGUGUUCAAUAUUAUAUUUCAAAUUGGGCCGAUUACCCAUGUGAUGACGCUCAUCUUUGGAUCUGUGAGAAGAACAUGUUCAUGUGACUUGUUAUAUGAGAUGGAAGUUAAUGUAAUAUAAUAUAACCAAAGUAUCCAUAUUCCGUAUAUUUUACUUAUUAAAUGUACCAGAAAAUGUUAUGUGAUGUGUGUUGUCUCAGUCAUCUGUCAAAAUUAAAAAUUAAGUACAAAGUACAAA